AUGCCUGGAUCUAUCAAGUCUCUCAAGCGCUGGCCUACAGCCAAGUCAGCUGCCAAGCGCAUUGGCCGAAUGUUCAAGCGUACAAACAGCGAUGGCCCUGAGGCCACUUCACCAGCAGACUCGGGCUUCUCCAAGGACUCGUUUGACAGUUCUCGAGUUUCGACAUCGUCUCGAUUCUCAACGUCCUCACGUAUGACUACAAAGGAGAAUCUCGAGCAGCCUCGCCCUUCUGUAUCUCGGUACGACACUGCACCACCGAAAGCACGCGAAGUGGUACCCCCUCACCCGUUCUUCUCGUCCAACUCAGAGCCGCUUCUUGAACAUGGGAAGCCCGUUGGCCCUGAAAUGCCAGUUCAAACUGAAGUAGUGAUUGAGCCUGGGACGUUACCUUCACCUGUAGACAAAGAGUCCAAGGAUGAACACAAACUGCCCGACACAAACUCUCCAAAGCAGCCUGAGCCCGUCGAGACACCCAAGAGUAUCGAGAAGGCAACAGAGCCACUUGAUCGAGUCACUACACCCAAGCAAGCACCACGACCUUUGCCGGAGCCCCCGACAAAGAAGAAUUUACUCCCUGAACCCGAGUCGCCGAUUCUCCCAAGAAAAUUCAGAGAGGAGUCUAAGGUCACCCCUCAAUCAAUGCCCAGAUUCGAAAAGAAGAUAACACAGAAGUCUGAGCCAAAGAUUGAACCCAAGCCAAAAGCUGAGCCGGUCAAGAAGACGAUAGCUCCACCUCCGACUGUGGAAGAUGAGCCAGAGCCUAUCGCCAUGCCCGUCAAGGAACAACCGAGACCGAAGUCCAAAGCCGAAGUCAAACACAACCCUCCCAAAGUCGACCAUCAGAUGGUGUCUAAGGCUCAGCAUAAGGAUUUCCAGCCAAAAAUGGAGCCCAAGGUCCAGCCAAAGACUCAGACUCAUAAGAAGAGCACACCUGUUCAACCUCCUCAUACUCCUGAAGUCACUCAAAAGCCAUCAAAGGCACCAUCUCCAGAAAUACCAGCUACCUCAUCACCCCAAAAUGUUCCCACGAUGCCAUCCACUAUAGCAACAUCUUCUGACCCAAGGGUUGCUUCUAUCCCCAACACAGCAUCAGUUCCAACAUACUCAAUCACUCUCAGCACCUCAACAGUAUUUGUACCCAAGACAGCCCCGGCUCCUUACACAGCUCGAGCACCUACGACGGCCCCAGCUCCGAUCAUAGCAACAGCACCCAAUGUUGUCAUGUCAAUGCUUGGUUGGACUCUACCAAAGCCUGCUCCGAUCCCUAAACGAGCUCAUUCUCCGGCAACCUCGUGGAUCGUGUCUCCUGCUUGA